AUGCCGCAGGUCGACCUGGAGAGCCUGGUGUGCGGCGGCGCGGGCGCGGGCGCCGGGGACAGGAAGGUGUCGUGCGAGACGGUCAUCGCGGGCGGCGACAGCGGCGACGCCUCGCCCCCGCGGCGCGUGCCGCCGCCGCCGCCGGACCACGACUUCCCGCCGGAGUCGAUAACCAUCCGCAUCGGCGACGACGCGGCCUUCUCGGAGCUGAACCCGAUAUACGAGCGGGACGACUCCACCAAGGGCAGCACCAACCCCAAGUCGUCGGCGGCGGCGGGCGGCGCCUGCAACCCCGUCCCGCUCAAGGCGCGCUCCAACUCCGCGCGCGUCGCGGGCGGCCCGGCCGCGGCCACCGCCACCUUCUUCGGCCUCCCGGCCAGGAUCCGGCCGGCCUUCACCCGGCGCCAGCCGUCGCAGGGCCGGAUCUUGCCCGACAAGCGCUCUGGCGGCACCGGCGAGGAGCCGCGGUCGCCCAAGGUGUCCUGCAUUGGGAAGGUGCUGUCCGACCGGGAGAGGUGCGGGCGGCGGCGCCAGCGCAGGUGGUGGCGCGGGGUGGCGGCCGUGUUCCGGUGUGGCGGCGGCGGCUGCGCCUCCCGGGGAGUCGGCGGCGGCGCGGCGGGCAAGAAGAUGGCGCUAGAGGGGAGCGAAUACGACGAGGAGGAGAAGGAGGCGAGCGUGGCGGCAAUGCGGAAGUUCAAGUCCGGGAGGAGAGCCGCCACGUGGGGGGAGGAGGCGCUGGCAGCGGCGGCAGCGGAGGCCUUCUCCGGCGAGCCGGCGGGGGACGAGGAGAAGAAGCACGAGAGGCACGAGGCCGAGCACUGGGCCCGACUGCCGGUGAGUUAG